ACAUAUAAGACGAAAGAUAGAAACAAAGAAACAGGUUCCCUACAUACAGCUACCAUGUGGAUCGCGGGGUCUGUGAUAGUUUUUAUCUGUUGGCUGGCCUUUCCCGAGUCAGGGGCUGUUGUGAUGAGACUAGACAACACCACGUAUGGCCAGGUCACACGAGGAGAUAAGUUCGUGCUGGUGCAGUUUUAUGUGAAAUGGAGCUCUGCCUGUCAGAAACUGGAGCCAAAAUGGGAGGACGUGGAGAGGAGGUACCGGGAACGAGACGAUGUCGUCAUCGGCAAGGUGAACGCCCAAGAGGACCGGAUUCUCGUGACCAGGUUCCGCACCACCACGUUCCCCACCAUUCUCUACUAUCCAAAAGGAGCUACCGAGCACCAACUGUAUGAGGGCCGCCACACUAUCGCGGCGUUUGUAGAGUUGAUAGAACAGCACGCGCCGACCAGCUGGGUUCGGAGGAUCUUCACCAAGGAACUCAACUCUACCAACUUCGACCAAACCGUCAUGGACAAAGACAAAUUUGUCAUGCUACAGUUCUACAACACAACGGACUGUUACAAAUGUAAAAAAUUGCAGCCUGACUACGAGAUGGUGGCAGAAACCUUCCACAACGAGAGAACCAUUGUCGUGGCCAGAGUAGACACCGAAAUGCACCCAGAAAUAGGGAAAAGGUUCGAUAUAACGCAGCAUCCAAGAAUCAUGUGGUUCACAAGAGACAACAAAAGAGGGAUCCCGUACCAGUCGGCCAUGAAGCCUGCCCAGCUGGUAGACUUCAUCAACCAUCAGUGUCACACGGCUAGGGAGUUAGGUGGCGGACUCACUAGCCAGGCGGGAAGGAUGGUGGAAAUGGAUGCGGUAGUUUCAAACUUCAUCGCCAGUAUCGCCGAUGUACAGAAAGAAGCAGAAAAGGUGAAGGAAAAGAUGGCAGGCAGACAACAUCCGCAUUCAAACUAUAGCAGUUUUUACAUGGACAUAUUGGACAGGAUCGGUAGUCAUGGUUACGAACUGGUCACCAUGGAGAUAACCAACUUUCAAAACAGUCUAGCAACAUCUCCUAAGUCACUGUCGGAGGAAAAAAGGGAGGAUCUUGUCAAGCGCGUCAACAUCCUCCGUGUUUUCCAAAAGGCAUACAGAACUCAGUUUCCAAAAUUGCAAGACUCCAAUUCCGAGGAAAACAUGGGUGAACCCGAGGUUGCCAAAAAGCGUGCCAAAGACCCUCCAAAUGCCUUUCAGAGGAAGAGUCGAGGAAGGGGUAAGAAGGAGUACACCAGUAAAAUGCGGAGUAUUAAACAUGAGCUGUAGUCAAUCAGCCAAAAUCAUCAA